CCUGCUUCUGGGUGGAAGCACAUAGAAGAGUCUUCUAGACUGAAUCACACAACCAUCUGGAUCGCACAACAAUAAUGAAUGCAAAGGCAUCGUAGCCAAGAAAGUUCAGUCUAGCAACCAAUAAGUCGCUAUUUGGGUGGGUUGAAACAUAUAUUAUUGAAAGACGAUUUUACAGAAAUAGAUGGAGAUGGAUUGGCCUGGUAAAUCGGAAACCAUUCUUUGGAACAGAAGACAAUUGUUACUUUUGAGGUGAGGUUCAGUUUUAGAGUAAAAUACAGAUGAGAGUUCUCUACAAAUGCAAAAGUAUACGUUUUUAUUUGAUGAGACCGUAUGGAACUGGUGUGGUGUAAACGUUUGAUUUAAACUGGAACUUUUGGAACAGAAGUGGCUGAUUUUGUAAUAACGCACUGGUGCAUUUUGGAGGAACGCAGGGAGUUUUCGCACUUUUGGAAAAACUCGCUCGGAAGAGGGAACUUUAUUUACUCUACUAUAAGGAUACAGUACUACUUUUAACCAUGGGGAAUAUUGAAAGUGUGGAUGGACAGUCGGACAAUAUGAAGCAUCAUAUGAUGCCAAUGAAAGUGCCCAUGCCUGACCAGUCGGAGUUGGAGGAGAGAUUUGCUUUAGUUUUGAAUUCCAUGAACCUUCCUCCCGACAAAGCCAGGCUCCUCAGACAGUAUGACAAUGACAAGAAAUGGGACCUCAUCUGCGACCAGGAACGGUUUCAAGUGAAGAAUCCUCCUCACACCUACAUCUCCAAGCUCCGGGGCUACUUAGACCCAGGAGUCACACGCAAGAAGUUCCGAAGGCGGGUCCAGGAAUCCACUAAAGUUCUGAGGGAACUGGAGAUCUCGCUGCGGACCAAUCACAUAGGGUGGGUCCGGGAGUUCCUCAACGAUGAAAACAGAGGUCUGGAUAUCCUGGUGGAGUACCUCUCAUUUGCACAGUGUGCCGUCAUGUUGAAUUUUGAGGGUCUGGAUAAUGGGGAGGAGGGCUCCCUGGACAAGGCUACUUCCUGGAGUAGGUCUAUAGAGGAUCUACACCAGAGUGGCGCUCAGCCUUUCUGCAACACGCUGGUCCGCUCGGCGCGCCAGUCUGUGCUCCGCUAUGGCACAGCACCUAACAGCAAAACCAUCAAGAACUCAAGACUCGUGAGCCAGAAGGACGACGUGCACGUUUGCAUCAUGUGCUUGCGAGCCAUAAUGAACUACCAGUAUGGCUUCAACCUGGUAAUGUCCCACGCACACGCAGUCAACGAAAUUGCCCUAAGUCUGAACAAUAAGAACUCAAGGACAAAAGCCCUGGUGCUGGAGCUGCUGGCUGCGGUGUGUCUGGUUAGAGGAGGCCAUGAGAUCAUACUCUCUGCAUUCGACAACUUCAAAGAGGUGUGCAAGGAGAAGCAUCGCUUUGAGAAGCUGAUGGAGUAUUUCCACGUGGAGGACGGGAACAUCGACUUCAUGGUGGCCUGCAUGCAGUUCAUCAACAUCAUGGUCCACUCAGUAGAAGACAUGAACUUCAGGGUUCACCUGCAGUACGAGUUCACUAAGCUGGGCCUAGAUGACUACCUGGAGAAAUCCAAGUACACAGAGAGUGACAAGCUGUCGGUCCAGAUUCAGGCCUACCUGGACAAUGUGUUUGAUGUGGGCGGCCUGCUGGAGGACGCGGAGACCAAGAACGUGGCUCUGGAGAAGGUGGAGGAGCUGGAGGAACACUUGUCCCACGUGACGGAGAAGCUGCUGGAGGUGGAGAAUGAGACCAUCAUGAAAGUGGCUGACCUGGAGAAGCAGCUCCUGCAGAAGGACAAGGAUCUCCACGUCAUACGGGAGACGUACGAGUCGACCAACACCCAGGUCCACACCCUGAGGAGGAUGAUCAAGGAGAAGGACGCUGCCUUCCAGAGGAGCUUCAACAUCGAGAAGCGCCUGCUGGAGAUGGAACAGCAGGGGACCAUCCGCCUCCGCAAGCAGCCGGACGGGGACAUCGCCAUCGAGCCCCUGGGAGGGGGCGGUGGUGGAGGAGGAGGGGGUAGAGAUCCGGGGGUGCCUCUGGGUGACUUUGGGCAGAACGGAGGAUUCUCAGUGGGGCCUGGAGGAGUAACAGGGCCAGGAGGACCAGGAGGACCAGGGACUAGUCUACCAUCGGCCAGUGAAGCACCACCUCCCCCGCCUCCCCCUCCUCCGCCUCCUCCUCCUCUGCCCUCUGCUUUAGGAGCGAAUGCUCCACCCCCACCUCCUAUGGCCCCGCCUUUACCAGGAACUGCACCCAACUUCAUCCUCAAUAUGGGCCUAUCAGCUAUCAGGAUCAAGAAGCCCAUCAAGACCAAGUUCCGCCUGCCUAUUUUCAACUGGACCGCGCUGAAACCCAACCAGAUCAACGGCACGGUCUUCAGCGAGAUAGAUGAUGAACGAGUACUAGAGGAGCUGGAUGUGGAGAAGUUUGAGGAGCUUUUUAAGACCAAGGCCCAGGGUCCUUUGGUGGACCUGAGUGGCCCCAAGACCAAAGUGUCUCAGAAGGCUGCCAACAAGGUCAGCCUGCUGGACGCAAACCGCUCCAAGAACCUGGCCAUCACCCUGAGGAAGGCCAACAAGAGCACUGAGGAGAUCUGCAAAGCCAUACAGAGCUUUGAUCUGAAGGCCUUGCCAGUGGACUUCGUGGAGUGUCUGAUGCGUUUCCUUCCCACGGAGGCCGAGGGGAAGACGAUGCGUCAGUACGAGCGGGAGCGGCGACCGCUGGACGCGCUGACGGACGAGGACCGAUUCAUGCUCUUCUUCUCCAAGAUCGAACGGCUCACCCAGAGGAUGAAUAUCAUUACGUUCGUCGGGAACUUCUCGGAAAACGUCGGCAUGCUGACCCCGCAGCUCAACGCCAUCAUCGCAGCGUCCGCGUCCGUCAAGUCUUCACCCAAGUUAAAACGCAUGCUAGAGAUCAUCUUAGCCCUGGGAAACUACAUGAACAGCAGCAAGAGAGGCUCUGUGUAUGGCUUCAAGCUACAAAGUCUUGAUCUGCUGCUGGACACCAAGUCUACAGACAGGAAGAUGACUCUGCUCCACUACAUAGCUGUGGUUGUCAAGGAGAAGUAUCCAGAGCUGGCUAACUUCUUCAACGAACUACAUUUUGUGGACAAAGCUGCUGCAGUGUCUCUGGAGAAUGUGCUGCUGGACGUGCGGGAGCUGGGUAAAGGGAUGGAUCUGAUCAGGAGAGAGUGUAGUCUCCACGACCACUCUGUUCUCAAGGGCUUCCUCCAGACUAGCGACACUCAGCUUGACAAACUGCAGAAGGACGCCAAGACUGCGGAGGAAGCCUUCAACAAUGUGGUCAACUAUUUUGGGGAGAGCUCCAAGACGACUCCUCCGUCCGUGUUCUUCCCUGUGUUUGUGCGAUUCAUCAGAGCUUACAAGGAUGCGGUGGUGGACAAUGAGCAGAGGAAAAAGCAGGAGGAAGCCAUGAGAGAGAAAUUACUGGCUCAGGAGGCCAAGCAACACGACCCCAAGGUCCAGGUAGUGAAGAAGAGGCAGCAGCAACAGGAGCUGAUCUCGGAGCUGCGUAAACGCCAGGCUAAGGACCACCGGCCCGUCUACGAGGGGAAGGACGGCACCAUCGAGGAUAUCAUCACAGUGCUGAAGAGCGUCCCCUUCACAGCCCGUACUGCUAAACGAAGCUCACGGUUCUUCUGUGAAGCACAGCUCUGUGAUGACUCCAACUGCUAGCCCCUACAGUUCCUCCCCCCUAAUGCCAAGGUUGUCCAGAACAGAUCUCCGCAGCCAGCCUUUCCUGCGGCAUGACGCGAUGAUCCGGAGCGGCUGGAAGAGACCCUAAACAAACCACUCGUUCCUCCUCAUUUAUCCCCCAUUCGCUUUAUAACCCCCCCCCUUCCCUACCUGUGUCCCGGUGGUCUCACCCACCCGAGGCUGCAUCUCCCUGCAGAUCAGAGACUGAAAGCCGGACAGGACUGAACCAAUGGCCCAAGUUUUAAGGGGGUAUUUAUUUAUUUAUGGAGAUCCUAUAUGGACACGAUCUCUCAACAAGCAGGUAUAAGCACAGACAUCAGGUGGGUUAGUCUACCCCCUCUCCCACUGCAAACACACACCGCAUGCACGAAGGCACACACACAGAAAAUAGAGGACUACAGCGAUUGCCAGUGUUGGCAUUAAGAACAGGAGAUGAGCCCUUAAAGGGGGGGCUCGCCUCACAAAAGCAGGAAGGACACUGCAACUGCAUAAUGUGGACAUGGAACCAGAAGUGCCUCCUGCCAAGUGCCUGCCAACGUGGAUCUCAUUUCCUUGAAUGUGGAUUUCCUCCACGCAAGUGGAGGAUGGGAGACAGUCGGUCGGUUGUAUAAAAUGACAGCAUAUGUUGACUCUACUGCUGGGAUUUCCAUUUCAAAGAGAACAGGGUUGUUUUCAGGCCCGAAACGAAAGGAAACAGACUGAAACAGGGAGGGACUAGCUGGACCUGACCAAUAAGAAAUGCUUAUUUUUCCUGGCAAAACGCUUUAGGUUCUGAGCCCUAAUGAAUAUGGCCCAGGGUUUUGCCAUCGCAGAACGUCUCUGUCCACAGAUUGAAGAUUAUUGUUCCGAGUCUUUGGAGAGGUUUCUGUACAAGCUAGCCAAACCAAACUUCCUCUACUCGGUCUUAUUAUUUUGAGAACGAAUUAAGUGCCUUUUUUGUUUAGACAGUAUUAUUUCUGUGACUCAGCUAUAAUUUGUAUCUUUAGUUGUUAAAUAUUUGAUUUUUUUUUUUAUUGCAUUUGUUUGAUAACAUUACCUUCAAAAAAAAAGAAAGAAAAAAAAAGAAUCAUAUGCAAUGGUUUGGAAUCAGAAUUCCAGCUUUAAUCACUAUACAGUAUUUAAAGGUUGCUUCUCAGCACUGUUCUCUAAAUUCGUUUAGGCCAGUGUCUGAAAACAUUUGAGUGGGUAAAAACAUUCCAUGUAUUUACUUUCUAUUACUUUUAACUUUAUGACCUACAGUCCAAUCACCACUUCAGUCUUACCACUUAGGCCGGGAUUCAUUCCAAUCCGCCAUAUGGUGCAGUUGACAUUUAGGGCUCUAUUCAAAAAACUGGAUCGCUGGAGCGUUACAUAGAAAUGUUAAAGGUCAUUUCCCGACUGAGCCGACAAUAUGCAGCGUUUUACAGUGAAUGCAGUCGGCGCUGACGCCGGAGCUUUGCCUUUAAACUUCAAAUCACGCCGAACUUCCGAGACACGGGUUGAGUAGAGCCCUUUAAAAAAAGUCUGUCCGAUUAAGCCAAGAUAUCCGGCGUUUCCGUCAAUACGGCCAUGCAUUUGUUUGGUAGGUAAAGAAUGCACUGCCAUGAGUCGAACCAUGUUCUUUAUGCAUCAAGUUCCUGAACUGUCACGAUGAACAAUUUCCCCCCUAAUAGCCAUCAAGUUAAGCACAAUGACUGUGCACUCAGAUCUACAAAUCGGUGUUUCAAUAUGGCAUUUCCACAAAUGGGACAGCGCAUAUUUACACUACUUACAUUGCCUUAAUGUUGUACGAGACACUACUUCUAUAGCAGAUAUUUCUACGUAUAUUUACAUUUGAUGUAAAUCAACGAAUUUUACGCCUUUUACUUGUGCUUGUCUGUCGUAAGGAUGAAAUGAAAUAGUCCCUGACAUUUGAUGCGUGUUGUCCAAAAGACCCCGCCACCCCCCCUUAAUAAACAAAAUGACAAUGUGACUCACAAUUGAAAGUCUCUGCUGUCUCUCACUCAUUUUUUCACACCAAAUGAAAGUCAGAUCCACAAUGCAUUUCUACUAUAAAAAUCCAUUUAAUUUCUGAUAUCAAAAAGAAAUAAAAUCAUAACUAACCGAAACAGAGCAACAAAUCCACGUGAGGGGUUUUGUUGUUGCUGAAGUGUUUUUCUGUCAAAAUCAAAACAGAUUGUUCCUAAUUUACAUUAUUCAAAUAAAAAUGUAACACAGCAGAAAUGUUAUUCAAAUCCAAAUGAUAGUGGAUACUGUUAAUAAAAGUCAUGGUUAAGCUAGAACAGUUUGCUAUAGGGUGUGUGUGUGUGUGUGUGUUGUGAAUCGCAUGCAGUGUCAUCUGUAAUACAGUAUGGCAGUUAUGGCUGAUCACCUCCAACUGGUUAGAAGCAGCAUGUUCAGCAGCGCGUGAUUGGCUGAGACUGAGCCUGGACCAAUGACAGACAGGCAGGCAGUUCUAUCAUACACACAAAACAGGCAGACAGACAGGGCUGGCUGGCUGACAGAUGGUUAGACGGACAAGCCGACAGACAGACGGCUAGCUAGCGUUAGCAGCAAGGCAGAGGGGGAAAAUCAACAGGGGACGCUAAUCAGGAGGCUAAUAGUCCGAACCUCCCAAGGAAUGCACUUACAAUGAGCAGAAACCGAAAUUACAGAGGCAUAAUGUAAUUAUUACAUACAUUCAAAACAAAACAAAAACCACAGCAUUGUUGUUAUAAAUCCCCACUGAAGUACCAUUAAAAACAACUGGCCUCUCCUGAAAGUAUGUUUACUAUCACCAACAAAAGACAAAAGCAUGUUCAGCUCGUUGUUACACGGUAGAUGUUUGUUUCCCCCCCCCCCAGCAAUGGCAGGUAUUCACAGAGGCAUUCUUGGUGCCAAACUGCCUAUUUCCAGGAUGAACGUUACAGUUGAUACUGAAAUAAACAGUCACUGAGCUGAUCCAUGAACCCUCUGGGCCCCAAUAUGAAUCACCCGUCAUAUCAAGCCCCCCCCCCCCCCAAAAAAAAAACAUGUCCUCUCGUAACCUAAAGACUUCCUCAGUUACUUCCCCGGGAACUGUCAUCCUGGAAUGUUUGCUCCAAUACAAUCAUAUUCCUCCAACACAUUACACACUCCAUUAACCCACUGACUUUUCAUUAAGCAAAAAAAAAAAAAA